AUACGUUGAAUAAACUCAUUAGUGUUUGUUUGUAUUGUUAUGAUUUAAAUGAACAUGCGUGCUAUAACGUUAAAGUUAGGUUAGAUCAUAUUUCGUUAAGGUUAGGUGUUAGGUUGGGUUAGGUUGAGUUCGAUAUUAGUUAUAUUAAGUUAAAAUUGGGUUCAAUUGCAGUAAAAUUACGAAGGAAUACAUUAGCUCGAUGCGAAGUUAAAUUGGUGGUAGAUUGUGUCACAAUUGGGUUAUUUUGGUAUUAGGUUAUGUUAAAUUAUGUCAAAUUGAGGUUAGGUUAAGUCACGGUUAUUAGACCAUGGUCAAGCUAGUUACCAUAAAUCAAUAGAUCAAGCAUGUCUUCGUCACCGACAGCAAAACAAGCUACCCAAAGCCAAAAUAUACCUUCGAAACGGAUCGUAAUCAAUGAUUCUAGUCAAUUGCCUACUGAUUAUUCCUCCACUCCUGGUGGGACGCUUUUUUCAACUACACCUGGAGGUACCCGUAUAGUGUAUGAACGUGAUUUUUUGAUGAAUCUACGAAAUUCACCUAUAUCACAAACACCACCAAGAAAUAUGCCAUCUAUACCAGUGGAAUUAUUAAGGAAUGCUUCACCAAAUCUUGUAACAUCUGCAAAAUCCCCAACUAACAAAGAUACUCCAAUAAUCGAGGAAUCUGCAGAACAGUUUGAAAUGGACAUGUAAACAAAUUGUGAUUAUUGUGUUCACGUUGUGCCAGCCUUUAUACAGAUAUCAUUAACUGAUUUAAUUGACAGAAAGUUAUCGAUAACAUGUCUUUUUACAUAAACGUAUGAUCAGGGGCCUUGUAUAGUAAGUCUUCAUACUUCAUUCAAAAAUGAUUGAAUGUAAUUAGUGUAUUCAAUUCAUUACAUUCUUACUUUAAUUUUUAAUAAAGACGAUCAGAAAUUUCUGACAAUAAAUUGAAAUCAAAA